AUGAAAAUUUUCAUUUUUUCACUUUUCCUAAUUUCUCAAAUUUCGGGACUUUCGAAAUUCCAUUUUGAUGGAAAUUUCGGCUGCAAAUUGGCCACUUUUUGCUACCAUAUCGAGGUCUAUGAGCAAGAUUGGAUCGAAAAAUCGGACGAUCUGCUGAUCAAUGGGCCUGAAAUUGUGUCCCACAUCCCUCAUAAGUACAGUAUCGAUGCUCAGGAUACCAGUGACGGUGUGGAUUUGGAGAGAAAAUUAGAAAUCUACAUGAUGGUUCAUCACAAUUGUACUAGCAAUGGAAAGCAAAAGAAAUUGAGAUAUUUUUGGGGAAAAUACAACAUUGAUGUUUGGGAGGUCAAGGAGAGCAAAGAUUUGGAACUGUUCGACAAAGGAGAAGACGUUUGA